AUGAAUGCUGAGGAAUUAGCGAUGCUCGAGGAGGAGGACGAGGAAGGUUUUUCCGAAGAAAUCCGCGUCAUUCUGCCGGAUGAGCACGGCGUCUACGAGGGCAUCGAGGAAGGUGACAUCUGCAUUUUCGAUGAAGACAUUGUUCACGUGGAAUCUGAGAUGAUCGAUUUCGAGGAAGGACUUCUCAGCGAGAAUCUGGAUAUGACGUUUCAUCUCGAUCUGGAACUCGGACAAACAGCUUCCGUGCAGACCGUAGAGAAGUUUUGCCUGUGAGGAAUCUGUGAGGGCUGAAAGUGAAAACAUGUAAACUUUUUAGUGUGGUCGAGUGGCAAGAGGACAACCUUUUGUUCUAUCUGGGUAGAGAAUCGUUUCGAACAAUCGCCGGCAUGAUCACAGUCACACUUUCCAAUCGUAGAACUGGCGAAAGGACGAUCGGCCAACUGGCUUCUACGCUGGGUUAUAACAGCUUAAUCAAGCCAAUCAAGUUUGAAAGAUGCCUCUACUUCUUCUCCCACACUAUCUUUGUGGAGGUUGUCUUCGAACGAAACGACAAGAUCAGACCGAGAACUUGGUUUUCGGUCUUUUUCAAAGACGGGAUGAUGCAAAUGCAGGAAGACGAGCUCGAGCACGUACAACCGGGACCGAUUGACCGCGUGUCCCGCAAGUGUCACACCACGCUCACCGCUUCCGUUUUCGAGUACAUGGACUAUGUUCGCGUGAAAGAGGUGUGCAAAACCGGAUUCACAUGUGAGUAGCAUAAUGAUAACUUGAAAAAUAAUCAGUGUGUUAUCAGCUGAUGCAAUCAUUUCGCUUCACAAUCUCUCGGAUUCGUUGAAGAUUAAGAUUGUGGGACCGUGUCUGGACUCUUUGCUCUGCGCGCCGUUCACUAUUCUAGAAUUCUUGCUCAUCGCUGAAGAGUUCAAUUUGGAUCAAGUGACCGUGAGCUCUAAUCACCAUGAAUUGGAUUCUUUAAUCCGUGGGAUUUUAUAGGAGGUGACGUUGGGAAAAUUGCGUCACCGAGCUGAUAUUUCAACCUUGUCCAAUUUUGCUAAAUAUCUCGGCCCGAAGAAUAUCAGACAGUUGCUGCAAGUGUUCCACUCAUGGGACGAAAAGUUCCUGCAGAGAUUGUAAGUUGAAAUACAUAGAGCAAAGAUCAGUUGGAACUAUAUUUUAUCAGACCGAAACCGGAGAUAGUCCCAGAGAUAGAAACAGACAUUCUGAAAACUAUCCAAUCAUGCUGGUCGCCAAAGAAUUCUAUGCAACUACCGGAACUGCAAAAGUUGAUUGAUGAGAAGUGGACUAACUCAAAUCUGGUCUUUGCUUAUGAACUCUCAUCCUCCCCGACGUUGGUGGUUCUGAAACAAGUCGAGCAGUUCAAGUGAGUUCAUCACCAAUCAUCAGAUCCUUGUCAAAUUUGCAAAUUCAGUGAAAGGCCAGUGCGUCCGCCGAGUUACGCUCCAUGCAGAUUGAACACUUCGUCGAGAUACUUCUCAAAUACUCGAGUUCUGAGAAAGAGGUAAGCUGAAUUUAAAAAAAAAAUACUUGAAAAUCUGAAUGUGUUUUCUUUUCAGCGAGUUUGACGUUAAAGUUGAACGUGACAACACCAUCAAACUGACCGUUGAGUACGCGGACAGAAUCAGACUCUCGACUCUCUGGCACAUUAACGCUUUGAUCACCUUCAUCAUCAAACGGGCGGAUAACACCAAACUUUGGGAGUACUCUACAAACCACACGUAUUCCUGGAACAGCCGUUCCCUCGUCAUUCAUGCACUGACCGAGGAUGUCUUGAAAAGGCAUUACCAGGGCCCAAUCAAGUUCGAAGUUCAAAUGACUAUUGUUGAAAGUGAAGGUUUUUCCAAAAUAGAAGAAUGUCUUGAACCGCAUCCGCCGGGAAUCACCUAUUUCCAAGUUGGGGUCGGUGCUGAUCAAAUGGAAAUUCUUGUGGAUAAUGAGGUUUUGCGAUUUGUGUCUUUGUUCAAGUAAAACGUUAUUCUUUUGCAGGUUACCAGUAAACACUCCACAGUUCUCAGAAAGAUCAUCGAAGAGUACCCGUUUGAACCCGAACCGUUAGGUCUUGCAAGACGCGUUCCACUGCCUGAAAUCUCGGGACGUUCACUGAAAAUGAUUCUGGAGCGACAAGAGUAUCAAUGCGACAACUUGCUUCUCAUCGAUCUGUGCUUGCCGGAAAACCAAGAAGUUGCAGUGGUAGCCCGUCUUUUGCAACACAAAGCGGCCAUGGACGCCAUCAGCAUGAAUAUUAGAAAGCAAAAUCCGACGGAUAGAUUUAGAAUGGCCGAGUACUUUGGUUAUGAUGAUGUUCAGGUAAAUAACGUAGCAGUUUUCAGUGGAUAAAUAUAUGUUUUCCAGUCAUGGUGCAUGCAGCAGAUUCACAACUACGCAGACUUCCGCAAGAUCGACUGCACUCUGUUGGACGAGAGAUCCGCUGCAGCUGUGUUCAUCGCACUUAGAAAAUUGUAUCCUUAG